AUGGUGCUGGCGCGCAAGCGGAAGCGCGACGAACAGCGCAAGCUGCUGAACGGCAAGAAGCAGUGCACGGACAGCGACGGCAGCGAGUACACGGCAGCAGACAGCGAGCAGGACAGUCUCGACAUGGAGGAGCAGCUCACGGCCUUUGUGGAAUACAACGCUACGGAUAUGGACAGCUUGGACAUCAACCCGAGCCAAGACUUUGACGGCGACGAGGAACAACAGGAAACAGCGACCCAAGCCUCGCAGCAUAUGCAGACGUGUAGCUGGCAGGACGUCACGGAUGUGAACCAGUUUCAGGAGGAGGCGUCGGAAGUUUUUGACAACGUUAUUUAUGCCCCACGGCCCGCUUCGAUCCCUACAGCUAGUAGUGCAUCUACUUACUGUCGGCCACAAGGGAAGAGUAGCUUUGGGAUCGCUUGCUCUUCGUUCCUAUCUGCCAGCAAAGCUAUACCUGAGAAGAGGGCCGUGUGUAGUCCGCCUUCUGACGACAGCGAGGGCUCGUUGAGCGGUACGUGGAGAUCCCUCGACAGGUUGGACAGGACCGUUGUUAUCAAGGCGCUGAUGUGUGUGUGCUUGGUGACCUUUCCUGAUCAGAUGGCUUUGACGUAG